AUGCCUGUUGCAAUGACUCCCGCGCCUUCCUCUGAGCUUCUCCUGCCCGAGUACGUUUUCUACCUCUUGCUUCUUGCCGUUGACGACGGGUCUGAUGACAAAAAGCUUAACGGUCGACAGUGGGACGCCUACAACUCCCGAUGUGCCCACUCCCAUCCUGAAAUUGGCUCGGGAGAGUUCCAAGUCGUCACUACGCAGGUCAAAGUCAAAGUCAUCCAAUCGCCGACACCACCGCGAUCGUGA